AUGACCGACGAAGAGAAAAAGUGUGACACAUUGUCAUUGUCAUCUUCUUCAUCUUCUCCGUUACCGGAGGAAGAGUUGCAGCACAUGCACUUGGCGCCGUUGGCGUGGAACAAUAGGAAGAGGCUAUCGAAACAGCUGUCCAUGUGCGAGAAGCCAAGAGACAUGGCUUGGGAGAGAAAGAGGAGACAAGAGAGAAGGAGGAGUAGUAUUGCUCAUGAAUGUGUUUGUGAUGAUAUAACGGACGAUGAUUUGCAUGAGCUUAAGGGAUGCAUUGAGCUUGGAUUUGGAUUCAAUGAAGAAGAUGGUCAGAAAUUGUGUAGUACAUUGCCUGCUCUUGAUCUUUAUUUUGCUGUUAAUAGGGGUUUGUCGCCAAGCCCCGUUUCUACACCUCAGAGUCGUGCUUCUUCUCUUGGGGCACGUUCUUCUUCCUUUGGAAGCCCUAGGAGUGAUGCUGAUUCAUGGAAGAUUUGUAGCCCAGGUGAUGAUCCUGAACAGGUGAAGACCAAGUUAAGACAUUGGGCACAAGCGGUUGCAUGUUCGGUAAUGCAAUCUUCUUAA